AUGGCUUCUCCUUUUGGCGAUGGUUUCCAUAUUGAAAUAACUCAUAAUGAUAAUGAUGAAUCUGAAUUCGAUAUCAAAGAAUUAUAUACCAGAGAAAAAACUUUGCAAUUACGUAAUAUUUAUAUUCCAAAUUGUAUCGAACUUUUUUAUCGUCAUAGUCCAUUGAAAAUUGUUCGUUGUCAAGGAACAUAUAUGUAUGAUCAAUUAGGAAAUAGAUAUUUAGAUUGUAUUAAUAAUGUUGCACAUGUUGGUCAUUGUCAUUCAUAUGUUAAUAAACAAAUUUAUAGACAAAUGGGUGCAUGUGCAACAAAUACUCGUUAUUUACAUGAUAAUACAGUUAUUCUUGCUGAAAAACUUUCAAAAACAUUACCAGAAAGUCUUCAACAAAUAUUUUAUACAAAUUCAGCAUCUGAAGCAAAUGAUUUAGCAAUUCGUUUAGGUAGAGGAUUUACAGGAAACUAUGAUAUUCUUGUACUUGACAAUGCCUAUCAUGGUCAUAUAUCAACUCUUGUUGAAUUAUCUACAUAUAAGUUUAAAAAGAUGAAAAAGCCUACGAAAAUACCAGAACAUGUUCAUAUUAUUCCGACACCUGCUGUUUAUCGAGGAAAAUAUCGUGAUAUUGAUUAUAAUUAUGAUGAAGUUAAAUUAUGUGAACUAUAUGUUGAUGAAGCACGUCGAGUCGUUGAAGAAGCAGAAGCACGUGGACGUCGUAUAGCAUUGUUUUUUAUUGAAACAUUACAAUCAUGUGCUGGACAGAUUAUUUAUCCAAAAGGAUAUCUUAAACAAUUAUUUGAUUAUCUUCAGUCGAAAGGUAUUUUAUGUGUUGCUGAUGAAGUUCAAACAGGAUUUGGUCGAAGUGGUACUCAUUUUUGGGCAUAUGAUUCUUAUCAAGAAGGUGUUAUUCCUGAUUUUGUAACAUUGGGUAAAUCGAUGGGUAAUGGAUUUCCAGUUGCUGCAUUAAUAACUCGUAAAGAUAUAACACAAGAAUUUGAAAGUAAUGGUAUUGAAUAUUUUAAUACAUAUGGUGGAAAUCCAGUUAGUUGUCGAGCUGCAAUUGCUGUUCUUGAUGUUAUUGAAAAUGAACAUUUACAAGAAAAUGCGCAUAAAGUUAGUAUUCAUUUUCUAACAAAACUAAAAGAAUUACAAAAACAAUAUGAUAUUAUUGGUGAUGUACGUGGUCGAGGAUUUUUUCUUGGUAUUGAAUUUGUACGUGAUCGAAAAACACGUGAACCUGCAACUAUAGAAACAAAAGAAAUUCAACUGAUGCUUCUUGAAAAUUUUAUAAUCAUUUCAACUGAUGGUCCCGAUCAUAAUGUACUCAAAUUUAAAUCAAUAGUAUUGGAAAAUAAUAUGUUAUCUAAACAUAAAUUAAUCCGACAUCAUGCGUUAUUAAAUAUUCCAAAUAAAACUUUAUUACCGGCAUUAUUUAAAUAUAAAUAUCAUCAAAAAGAUAAUCGUUCAUUUUUUAAUUUAUCAAUUGAUUAUAAAAUUCAAUUUAUAAUUAAUCUUCGAAAUCCAGACGAUUUAUGGCAAAUACAUAUUCUUAUUAUUAUAUAUAAUGAUUUUUUCAGACAAACUGAAAUUAAAAUAACUGAUAGUUUAGAAGAAUUUUGA